UAGAUACAAAUCAACUUUCUGGCAGUGCGGAAUCAGAGCGCACGAGUCGCAUGAAGCGAAGGAAGGUAUUGUAAUAUAACCUGAAUACUUUGUUUAUUCACCCGUAUUAAACUCGCAUCAUUCGCGUGUUUAUUUACAUAUAUUUGAAUAUUUGAUUUGUGAAUCCAACUUUUUCCUGUUAUAAACUUAUAACGUAUUUGCAUAAAGUUUAAACGCUCUUAUGAAGUUAUGUCGUGUAAACAGAGUCAGUAUAUUAUGGCUUUAAUUAAUACUGUAUGUUGUUGUAUCACACAUGGGCCAACGAAAUUUAUUAGUAAUUUUACUAUACCCUUUUAUUAUACCCUGUGGCUGUGACUACUUGAUGUUUCAAUUUAAAACUAGUCAGGAAAAAAAGUUAAACACAAUUCAAGUGAAGUUAUUAAGGCAAAUAAAAAACUGGCCCAACACGGCCAGGUCAAGUACUGUAGUCACUCUGUACAAGUACUGCCGGUCAAGUACUGUAGUCACUCUGUUUAUUACUGUAUAAGACUAAUCUUUUGGUUUUAACUUGAUACGACAACAGGAACUUUUUGGAAACUCUGAUGAAACACUGACAACACCAACUGCUGAUGAGCCAGAUGUUGGACCUUACACAUCUACAGAACAAGGAGAAAUG